GUACUUUAUUUUUCAGUUGUAACUCGAAAAUGGCGUCAGCCAAGUCUCUAGAGGAAAUGCUAACCACAGAUGUGGACGAGUCAGUAGUAAGCGAAUUAGUAGGGUCUUUAGAGUCACAACUCUCAUCUUCUGGGAUUCAUGCUCCAAAUCAAGAACUCAGCGUCAGUUCAGCAACCACGAAUCACGUCAAUAGUGUGCCAGUUUCGGACGGUCUCCAGCGCCUGCAGCACGACGGACAAAAACACGGUGUGGCUGCAGCGCUUGCAAAUUCAUGCCCAAGCAUCGUGGUGUCGAGCUUUGGAAAGACGAUCGCGACCACGUCUCACAUUGUUGGCGUUAGUAGUUGCGCUUCUUCUCCUGCCAGUUCUACGAACACUGUGAUGGUGACUUUGCCUGGCGCUCUCCCAGCUAGUGGCUACAUAAACCAAGUUACUGGCACGACGCAGCAGGCUUUGCUGAACACAUCGCUUGUGCGCCCGAUCAGCAACUCGGACAUAAAGAUUGUGUAUUCACCACAGGGCCACUUUAACGCGGCUAAUCUGGCUGCCGUCAAUAACGCUGUUAUCCAACAACGGGGAAAUGUGAAAAUACAGGGUGUCCCGAACGGAAGCACCGCUAUCCGUUCCAGCCCGCAUACGCCCGCCACAACUCCUGGACUCAGUGCCAUUCACAAUCUGGCGAACGUUGCUUCGCAGCAGACGCCUCUCAUCAUCAGCCAACCGGCCAAACCGCGCAUCGUCGUAGACCCGAAGGAUCCGAAGGCCGCAUUCAAGCCGCAGAUCCUCAUCAAGCAGGAGCCGCCGGCUGCCUCGGUUGGCCAAGAGUUUCUGCGCUGUUCGUCACCUGCUGCGGGCGUCAUUCAGGCGUCAAAAGCCGGUCCACAGCCCGUUAGCGUUGUCACGCAGGUUGUGUCCAGUCCGAGCAUCCUACCGCCUGGUGUGCAGAUCGUCAACGUGAACCCUGGCCGGCCCGGAGCGCCAGGCGUCGUCGGCCAGAAGACGCUGGCGCCCCGGGUCGUCAUCGGCAGCCCUGUGCGGUUGGCUCCGCAGAUGCUGGCUGCCCGUCCAGGAGCUCCGUCCGUUCAGAGAUACCGCUACCAUAGGCCUCCUGAACAUGACUGUCUUACUUCCAAAAGGUGUCCAUUAAUGAACACGAUCACACUUCAGCCGGGCAUGAUGCGUGGCACCCUGCUUGUGAAAACAGAAAAUGGGCAACUGCAGGUCGUCAAUGUGGCCCCCAGCCUGCCACCAAACUCUUCAGCUGCAAGUAUGUCAGGAGCGCCCACUUACCGGCUGCAGUCUGUACAGAAUUGCAGACACCAAACUCCUCUAGUUCGCCGUGCUCCUAUUCACGAGCACAUGAAACAGGCAUGGCCGCAUCUUCCGAACCUUGGGACCCAACCUGUGCAGCAGCUUCAAGGCAGAAAAACAAAUGCAACGCCAAUGGUGGGUACAGUCCUGCAGCAAGGUCAGCCAAGUAUCAACAUUGUGCCUACAGUGCCCAGUAGCACCCCUAUCCAAACACUGGGGCAGCCACUGCAACAGCAGACCGUCACGGUUAAGGUGGCAGCCACUACUACUACAGCUUCUGUUACACAGCCUCUCACCAUUCAAACAACUGUUGCUAACAGCCAGUCUGCUGCCACAACCCCAUCUCAGAUGUCACCAAACACUGCCAAGAAAAAAUGCAAGAAUUUUCUGUCCACUUUGAUACGGCUUGCUAGCGAUCAGCCGGAACAAGUUGCCUCUAAUGUCAAGGGUCUCAUCCAGGGGCUCAUUGAUGGAACGAUUCAGCCUGAAGACUUCACAAAUCAGCUUCAAAAGGAGCUUAAUUCUUCGCCACAGCCAUGCCUUGUACCUUUUCUAAAAAAAAGCCUUCCAUACCUGCGACACUCUCUUAUGACGAAAGAACUCACCAUCGAAGGAGUGCGGCCACCACCACAGGGUGCAGUUACGCUGCCAUCAACACCUACCAUUAUCCCGAAUAUCCAGCAAGUGGCUGGAGUGGCGCGGCCAGCGGUACCUCAUGCGACAACACAGGUACGGGUGAUGACACCAACAACAGGUGGCCUGGCAGCACAGCUGGCUAACACAGCAAACAUCCAGGGUGUCCUGGCACAACACCAGCGGCUGGUCACGCCACGACCAGCGACAACAGUUGUAGCUCCUGGUACGAAAAGUUUGUUGGUGGCCAAGACAAGCAACUUGACUGCAGCUUUGUCACCAGCCACAGUUGGAGCAUUGCAGACCAAGGUGGCCACACCUGUACCAACUAGGACGCCUGUCACUGCCCUCAAAGAAAAACGUACCUACUCUUCACUCAGGGAUGAUGAUGACAUCAACGAUGUGGCAGCUAUGGGUGGUGUCAACCUUGUUGAAGAAAGCCAGAGAAUUCUUGCAUCUAAUGCCGAGAUUGUUGGAACACAGAUAAGGUCCUGUAAGGAUGAGAACUUCCUCUUCACGAACCCUUUGCAAAGGAGGAUCACAAGCAUAGCUGUCAAAUACGGCAUUGAAGAAAUCCCAUCAGACGUUGUUGCCCUAAUUUCCCAUGCCACACAAGAACGGUUAAAAACGCUUGUGCAGAAGCUGGGUAUUGUGGCUGAACAUCGUCUUGAAAACAUCAAGACUGAUUCUCGAUAUGAAGUGACUCAAGAUGUGAAAGCACAGCUCAAAUUUCUGGAAGAAUUGGACAGGUUAGAGAAGAAAAGGCAUGAGGAGCAGGAGAGAGAGAUUUUGCUUAGGGCUGCAAAGAGUCGGUCGAAAAUGGAGGAUCCGGAACAGCUCAAGCUAAAGCAGAAGGCAAAAGAGAUGCAAAAGGCAGAAAUGGAGGAGAUGCGGCAAAGAGAGGCGAAUAUGACGGCCCUCUUGGCCAUUGGUCCGCGGAAGAAGCUGAAGACAGAAAAUAGUGGGAAUGCAGGGGCUGGCCUCGGCACUGGUUCCGGCCUCAGCAACUCAUUCUCAAAACUUCCGAUGCGGCCAAGAGUGAAACGAGUCAACUUGAAAGACAUAUUGUUCCUCAUGGAGCAAGAGCGGGACAGCAUACACAGUACGCUGCUGUAUAAAUCCUAUCUCAAAUAGAAAGUGGCACACAUGCAAUUGCACCUUGGACACACAGUGGCUUUCCACCUAGAAACCACCAGCUCUCAGUGGACCGAGUGCACACUUCUAAAUGUUUCAUCCACUGCCCACCCUGAUAUGUUGACUUGUGCCAGCCAUGUCUCAAUUGCUGCCAGUUUAGCAGUACACUUUGUUUGUUUGUACAUUGUUCUUUUACUUUCUUGUUGUAAGGUCUAGAUUUUGUGCAAAAAACAAAGUGGGAUGAGCUCUGCAACAAGCUGCAUUUCAAGAAAUAAUGUUACAUGUUUUCUGAAGUGGAUUUGUAUUGUCAUAUUGUCUUGCACAGAUGCAGGGAAAAAUGGAUCGAAUUGAUUUUUAAGCCGGCUAAGGUGAUCCUUAAUUGUAGCAUAUACAAGUGUAUUGCUGUUUCAAAGGUUCUUGUCAUGGUCUUCCAUGGUUUGUUUAGCUUAUUGACAGAUUUGUGCAUCACUGAAAUGCUAUUUUUUGUGUAGUGUCCAGGCUGCAUCUGGCAAGAAGCAUACUUUUUUUUUUUUUUUUGUAUGCAAUGACAUGGCAAGCUCAAGAAAUUUGAAUGCUAGCUUGUGUCUGCUAAAUGUCUAUUCUGUUAACUGCAGAGUGCUCCUUGUCUACUUAUGUACACUUGUUAUUCUUUUUCUUCUUUCUCCUGUCCUGCACAUUGUAUAUAUGUUUAUAUUGCAAAUAGUAAUAUCUUUAUAUGUACAAGCCUUUUUGAUUUUUUAAACCAUGUAUAGGUUAUACUUUAUUUUACACAGGAGUCUUUUGUGCUGUCGUAACUUCUGUGAUAAGAUGUAUAAAUUUCUCAUGCAAGAGCAAAGAAAGAAAUGAGGCUUUGCAAAAUUGUAGAGUGUUGGACUGUUUUUAAACUGAUGCAACUCAACUCCAUGCAGUGGUAUGUUGAUUGUAUCAUGCCCUUCUUCUCAUGCUUUUCUUUGGCCUCUUUACCACCACCCUGUCUCUUGUUUACUUUACAUUGGGUGCUGUUCAGAAGUUCUUGCAUUGGUGCAGCGUCUGCUGUAGGUAGGACUGACCAUGUCAAGCUUUUCCCAUCUGCAAACAAACUGCAAUGGAUACUGCUUGUAAAUAUCAUUCUUAUGCUCUUUCAAAACAUAAUGUGCACUGUAUAUGUAAGUUCGCCACAUGCAUAAAAUAAGCUUUUGUUUUAGUUCACAAACACAUCAUGUUAACCUUUGAUACCAGAUAGUUAGCUUAUAUUUCAUAGUUGCUUGUAAAUUACGAAGAAAUAACCAUAUGUAUGCACAUGUUUAAAGAGAUAUUUAAUAAGAUUUUAUUGUUGAGGGGACACGGUCCUUGAAGGAAUUUGUAAUUACUGUGUGUUUUCAAACUGUAAUGUAAUUGCAAUGGGACUUUUUUAUGCUAAAGUCGUUCCUGCAUAAAGAAUGAGCAUGGUACA